CUGGUGAUGUUCAGCAAGACAACGUGUCCGGAGGCGCGCAUGGCCAAGGCCGUGCUUGAAAAGUACCGCCAGCAGCACGGUCUCACCGACUACUUUGUGGCUUUGGAGUCGGAUAUCACAGCAGUCAAGGCAGCGCUGCUCAGCGUUUCCGGCCGCAACACGUUCCCGAACAUAUUUGUCGAUGGAAAGAGCAUUGGCGGUAGCGAUGAACUCUAUGACCAGCAUGCCAAGGGCGAGCUGGAGGAGCUGCUC